CCUCAUCUCUACCUUUGGGUCCCCCAAAAGAUCCCUUGGGCCCCAGUGCAAUGCACCGGUUGACUCCCCCCCCCCUUUCCCCCCUCGCGGUGGGCCUGGUUAGAACGGUAGAGGUGAGACUACCAACUUAAGAAGGGAAAAUGUGUGUACUCUGGAACUACCACGUUAACAAAGUAGCAACGAUCGAUUCCUUGUGCAGUAGUAAUGAACAUUAGCGAGGCCUACGCGUGUUGUCGCAUUCCUCACUACAUAGAGAAAACUGAGGCUUGCCGUGCCUGACAUUGCAAAGCUGUGGAGGUUGAAAGCUGCCCCACGCUGGCCGUCGGGUGUGAAGCUCGCGGUGGGUCCAGUUCCGAGGCAGGAAAAACGGCUGUCUGGGAACCAUUGUUUACGAAACGUACAGUGCGCGUUCAUCAACGUGUGACACCUUGAGGACACAGCGGAAGUAGGAACGGACGUUUUUUCUUCCUUACUGAACGCACGCCCUUCGCCCCACGCCCACCAUGGAGCUGCUCACUAUCAAAAUAAUUGCCCUUACUUUGCUGGGGGUAUUUUCCCUCUUCUUUGGGCUGCUGCCGCUCCGCCUGAGGAAGGUGCUGGCGAAGGGAAGCAAGAGGCGUGACAGGGUUGUGUCGUGCCUCCUGUGCUUUGGCGGCGGCGUGCUGCUGGCCACCGUGUUCACCCACAUGCUGCCGGAGACCAGGGAAGGGUUUGCUAUCGCCCUCCCGGAAAUCACGUACCCGCUGACUGAGGUGGUGAUUUGCGCCGGAUUCUUCCUCAUCUACUUCAUCGAGGAGUUCAUGCACAAGGUGUUCUUCAGGCGGGACAUUCAGCAGAGGAAAAAACUAACGAAACUCGCCGCCGCUAUAGAAGAAGAGAGCUCCUCGGCCCCGCACCACCAUCAUCACAAUAACAAUAACAUUAACAGCGUGAGUCCCAGCCACACCGAGAUAGCUGGCAGGGAGGGACAGGAUGGGAACCAGGAAUCCAGCCGGUGUUCAGUGUACUCUGUGAGCGGCGAGGCGGCGAAGGUGAUGGGGCCCAAGUCAAAGUGGUCCGGGGGGGUGGACAAUCCAGUGUUCGCGGGAGAUCUGGACGCUACCGCCUGGAAUCCAUCGCUCAAGGAAACCAUUCUCUCCUCCUCUCAGAAUGCGUCUGUCCCGCCCUUGACCAACGGAAAGGUAACGCCCGAUGUGGAACAGCGACCGGAAAAGCAUGCCGUGCAGAACGGUGUCGGGCACAGCCACGACCACGGCCACGGCCACGGCCAUUCCCAUAUGCCCAUCAAUCGCCUGGGCAACAAGAGUAUCGCAUCCAACCUACGCUCUCUGCUCGUCAUUCUUGCGCUCUCUUUCCACUCCGUAUUUGAGGGCCUGGCAGUAGGGCUACAGGUGCGAGAGGUGGACGUGUGGUAUCUCCUGGGUGCCAUCUCAGCCCACAAGUUCGUCAUCGCCUUCUGCAUGGGUUUGGAGCUCCUGGCCAGCGGCACGUCAGCAGGUCUUAUGGUCAUUUACAUGGUGGUCUUCGCCUUGGUGUCUCCCUUGGGGGUUGCGUUCGGGAUUCUUGUGACUGAGAACUUGGCGGUUGACACGAGCAGCCACCUCCUGACCGUGACCAUCCUGCAGGGCCUGGCAGGAGGCACCAUCCUUUACGUUACGUUCUUUGAGGUGUUGGAGCGGGAGCGUGGACGUCCUGGCGGGCGGCUUCUCAAGUUCCUCUUCGUGCUGCUGGGCUUCGGUGCCAUGGCCUCUCUAGAAGCUUUCGGUGGGCACAGCCAUGGCCACGGUGGCGGCGGCCACGGCCACAGCCACGGUCCUGUUCAACCCUCUUCGACCACCACAAUGGCACCCAUCACCGAAAGUCUUCACGACGAUCACCACGGCCAUAGUCACAGCCACGGUCACAGCCACGGCCACAGCCACAACCACAGCCACGGCCACAGCCACCUGCACUAGUCAGUGAUGCUGGUAGCUGUGUUGCUGCAGCUCACCAUCCGCGGCGUUUCAUGACCACAGACAACUUUUAAACUUUCAUUUUUUAAGUAAUAGGUCUGGGUGGACGGGGGCUUGUGUCCACCCUCCCCGGAGUGGUGUGGUCGUCGCGGGCGGUGCGAGGAAGGUGGUGCACAGUGUUGUGAUAAAGGUGAUGAUGUGCCGAUUCAUGCACCUUGCCAUAGUGAACAUAAAGUGGUCAAGAAAAACCAUAUGUUUUUUUAAUUCGUGUAUUUUAUCUUUACUCAAAUCAAGGUAGAGUGCGAGGUGUUGGAAUAUCUAUGAUGGCAUUCCGAUUCUUUUUAUUUAAAGAAAUGAUUUUACGUAAUAUUUUACGCUGUGGUUUUUAUAUGGUGCUUGAGUGUUUUUAUCAGUGACAAAAAAGAACACGUGCAUGUGUGAGGAGAAAGUGGACAAUGAAGGUGAGUGUAAGAAGUAAGGUCAGUUUUGAUACUUCCGUCAUUUGAUAUGGUCAAGACUGCGAGGGACCAGAAUGUAGGAUUGUUAUUUUAGUAUCCAGAACGUUGUAUGUCAGGUAGGAGGUUAGGCAGUCAUUAUUUUCAUAUUGUGGCAAAAUAGUUUUAUGAAGGUGCUGACGUAAUUUCCUAUAUCCUGAACUGCUUGCAACGCGUGAAGCUUGCCGCAAGCAUCAUUUUACUUUGAGAACGCUUAAUAGUGCACUUAGUCGGAGCUCCGGUGUUGUUCCACAUUACCCGCUGCUUGACGUCAUUACAGAUCACCGUUUUCUAUGACUUGAUGGGUUGACGUGCUAGGGAGCGAGGGAGGAGAAAGGAAGAGUGCCGUGGUGUGUUAUUUAUUGAUGGACGCGAGACUUGUCCACUAUGGUAAAUCUGGCUGCCAGGUGUGAUUGGUGAGCUAAACGUGCAGUGCAGGUGGAGUACACAUGGUUAAUGGGUCACUUUGUACAGUUUAAGUCGAAGAGGAAGGCGUGCGGCGAGUGGUUCCUGGCAGUCCAUGUUUGCCUCCCUCUGGCUGGCUGAUUUGAGGGUUUGGGCGGCUGCCUCGGUGGUUUUAUACUAGAUAUUACGUAAUUAACUACACUAGCCGAUCUCACUUCAGUCCCCUACAUGGCAUGCCCAAAUGGUUUACAGUGGUUACCUUGUAAUGCUUUCAGUCACCGUAAAAUUUUGGUAUAGGUACAUUUUGAGACGGAUUCAAGAACUGGCUCGUUUGUCUCGAAGAUUUUUUCGAGCAUGGUCUCGUUUUUCGGACCACGUGAACAAUGGGUUAGUCGUUGCGGUAACAGUGGCCGGAUGCAGGUGUGAGUGAAUGUGUCAGCCAGCGUAUGACACCAAGGCCUUUUGAUGCCGUCAGGUAACACGGACACCUGCCCGGUCCCGGCAGGAGUCUGUGGUUGAGAUCAUGUCAACAUCCUCUCAGGUGAGACAUCCGGUUAGUCCGUGGAGACUGUGGGAGGCUUGCAUCCAUGGAGGUAUACCUCCAUGCUUGCAUCGGUCCUAGCUGUCAUGUAGACGUUAUGCUCAUGUAUUCAGACGAAUCAAAUAAUUUCCAGUGUUAGGCAGUGAGACAGUUGUCAUCGCUAAGGUUAUGUUCAUGUAUUCAGACGAAUCAAAUAAUUUCCAGUGUUAGGGAGUGAGCUGUCAUCGCUAGUCUUGCAAGUGUUUGUGGACAACCUUAUUUAUAUUUUUGUUAUUGAAUUCUCUCACUUGUAGUACAUGUGCAGGUCCAGCCUUGUAGUACAUGUGCAGGUCCAGCCGAAGGACAUUAUUUAGGAGCACCAGGCAUCUACCGUGAUGCGUGGAGAUGAAUAUUUAGUACUGGCUAUAUAUUGUGUUUGGGCGGCUCGGCUGUGUUAGGCAUGUUACGCAUUACAAGUACAUUUGACCUUACACGUUAGGAAAAAAUUGCAAUUAUGUUACCGCUAUACACACCACCUUUCUCAUUUUAGGUGUCUGUAUCAGUGGCGAGACACACCGUUAGAAAUCUAUGAAAUCCUUACCACCUUCAUAAUAACAAGCCACGAGGCAUCAUGCAGCCUGGUGGAUAACUAAAUCAGACUGAUACGCUUGAGUAACCAGUGGCCUUGUGUUUGACAGAAUUAACUUUCUAUCUACAGAGCGAACCUGAAAAAAAAAUAAAAAAGUACAAUUC